AAUUAACUCAAAACAACAAAAAAAAAAUGGGUCAAUCAGCAUCUCAACCAAACAACAUUUACGUCUCCAAGCAAUUCUCCUCUCCCUUCUCACUCACAGAAAAAACUGUACAAACCUUCUCGGAUUCAGUUUUUUCGGUUGCACAAUCUGCCGCCUCUUCUGGUUCUUUUUUGGAGGGAAAUUUUUCAUCUGCACCGUUAAAAAGAGGCGGGAGUUUUAAUAUUACCUCAUCAUCAACAAGUAGUAGUAAACAACAUAGUCCAGGGAGUAGUGGAAUUGGAGCAAUGUAUUUGGGAGGAGCAAAUAGUACGGGAAUUGGAGAAUUAUUGUAUGGUGGAAGUGCUAGUGUUCAUAGUAAGAGGGAGAGAAGGCGAAGUGUUUGUGCUAGAGAAGUGAGAGUUGAAAAGUAUUCGAUUCGUCAUGAAGAUUUGAUUAAAUCGUAUUCAUUGAGAGGGUAUUUUGUGAUGGAUAGUGCUAAUGUGUUUGUGAAUGAUAAGUUGGUUGUGCAGUAUUGUCAUAUAUUUGGGCCAAUUUCGAAUAAGAGCCAUUAUAUGAAAAGAUAUGUUUCGACCCAAGUGGAAGAAACACUAAAUUUGGGAAAUGAUUCUAAAUGGGUAGGAAAGGACUUUGAUUUUAUUAUAAAACAUGAUUAUAAGAGGAUGAUUACUGAAGAGAAACUAACCCUACCUGACAGCAUUAUCGUUUCAACAGUUGAAGAAAUUAAGUGUUAAUUUCUGUGCCAAUUUGCCAAAGAUUUUCAAUGAAAAUUACAAAAAUUCAAAACUACAGUAGUGAGCCCACCAUCCAAACUCUUGAGAAACCUUCAAUUCAAUUCCGAAUCAUGCAUACCGUGGUCAAUUCCGUUCAAAGAGCAAUGCAAGGUGUAAAAUCCCAGUAUUCAUUGUAAUGCGCAUAAUCCUCAACAUUUGUGCGCUUCAACAAAACAAUAAAGGCGGACACAAACUAAAUCUCAACACUUUCAAUU